AUGUCUGAAUCUACCGUCCUUCAUCGAGAUUCACCGUCGUAUUUGUGCAAGAGAUGCAUUGCGUUUUUCACCACGCCUAAGACGCUCUCUAAGAAUGAUGACGACCUAAAUCUUCACAGUUCUAGCAUAGUCGAGGUUCUGGAAGCAGAGCAGCUUGGCUGUGCGUUCUGCACACACAUUGUGCAACAAUUGGAAGACGCUGACGACGACUUUGAUUUCCGGCUAGCCUUCACCAUCCGUGAACGUCCCAGUAACCAAGAAAAGCCGGUGUGGGCAUUGUCUGCAAAUCUGGCCAAUACCGAGCUCGGCAAACCAAUCAACUAUGCCCUCGUCCCUAUAGAGCAAGUCUGGUGGUCUUUGAGAUUUGAGGGACAAGGCAUUGGGUCUAAUAACAAGUAUGGGAUCGGCCCGUCCACCUACAUUACCCUUAGCCGCAAUAUCGUACAAAAAUGGCACAUGGACUGCUUGCAAGGGCACCAGACAUGUCAAAUCAACCACGAGACACGAGGCUGGGUCCCUACGCGAUUUAUUGAAAUUAAUGAAGCGAGCUUUCGAGUCAUUACUAACCAAGACCACCACUCGGACGUUGUCACAUACGUGGCCCUAAGCCACUGUUGGGGAGAGUCGGAAGUCAUUAAGUUGACAACAGCGACAGCUAAUAGCUUAUCCACGGGCGCACCUAUUUCGAAGUUGCCAAGAACCUUUCGAGAUGCCAUUGAAGUCUGUCGUUGGCUAAAUUACUUAUAUAUUUGGAUUGACGCCCUUUGUAUCAUUCAAGACUCCGAUGAAGAUUGGAAAACCGAAGCACAUACCAUGGCCGAGGUCUAUGGCAGGGCUACGCUGACAAUCGUUGCCGCCCACGGCAAAGAUGCCACGGAGGGACUGUUCGCAGUUCGCCGGCCAGAAGCAAUCAAGGCACCCAUUAUUGAGUGCUCAUGGGGUGCUAAUAAAUCAACCCAACGAUAUUGUCUCGUCGACGAACGGCUGUGGAUGAAUCAUGUUGAUCUCUGCCACUUAUUCAAACGCGCUUGGACUGUCCAAGAACGCUUUCUGUCAUCGAGAGCUCUCUACUUUGCGCAACAUCAGGUCUUCUACCGAUGUGCUACUCACGACGUCUGCGAGUCGUUCCCGGCGGGCAACACGCCAGCGCAAUUAGUUGACGAGACGUCCCUCCCGUCCCCCCGAAGCGCGAUGGAAUCAAGAGACAUAUGGGCUCGUGCCGCGAGCAUUUAUUCAUCGGCCGCUCUUACAAAGGACACGGAUAAAGUGAUUGCAAUAGCUGGCCUUGCUGCUAGUCUCAGCGUGCGCAUGCAAGAUGAGUAUCUGGCUGGUCUAUGGAGGAGUAAUCUCGUCCAUGAGCUGCUGUGGCGGUCCUCGGGCGAUGAUGGUGCCCAGUCAAGACCGAAUCCAUGCCGGGCCCCAAGUUGGUCUUGGAUGGCAGUGAAGGGAGUAGGCGUGCAAAUCAACGCAAAUGUCUGCAGCGCAAGAUGCAAACAUCUCGUCGAGAUUAUCUUCGCCUCGGUCGAUCUCGUUGACCCUACUUGCCCUACGGGCGAUAUUCACGGAAACUCCGGGAUUCUCCAGCUCCGAGGCUGUCUCAAACCGGCAGCCUGGUCUCCUAUACAUAAGUACGCUGACGCUGACUGGCGAAAAUAUCAGGUCACGUUCCCUGGCCAGGAACAAGCAGAAGUGGGUGAUGGCUUUAAAUCGACUGUUACCCGUCCGGAUUACAUCGACCCGUCUCUAAUGGACCUCGAAAUCUACCUACUGCCCAUAGUGUCAAUUCCCAACCAGCACAGAACCGAAUGUCUCCUUUUGGCACCUGUUUUCAUGGAGACACAAUCGUAUCAAAGGAUUGGGCUUUGUGCAGUAAGUCAUGUGGGCGGAAUGAACAGGAACUUGUUCAAAGAGAGGAGGUAUGACGCAGCUACCAGGGUUUCGAUUGGGUGGGGGAGAGCGGUGAUUGGCAACGACGGCUGGGAGAAUCUUCCCAUAUCAGACAUUUGCAUACUCUAA